CUCGUAUGUUACGUUAUGUCCACCCUCGAUUGUAUUACCCCAAUUUCAGCGAACACACAUCCCGCCAACAACCUGGGCUUUUACCGGAGCAGUCGUAACAAAUACGUGGUGGUGAGAAGUCGAAAAAAAUUAUAUAUUUUUCUGACUGAAAUGUACGAGUGUAAAAACUCGAAAAAUGGGUGCCAAGAAAAACGGUGUAGUUGGGAUGACUUAUAUUACAAUCACGAAAGAUAUUGUAGAGUAGGUCUCAUAGAGAUUGAAAAUAAACACAGCUCAACUAUUAGUUCCUCAACCAAAACGACUAAGAAAAGCCAGCGCGAUCCCAUGGGCGACAAUGGCCAAAAUUUUCUCUUCUCAGGUUAUCAAGAAGAAGACAAGAUGCUGAGGUGCAUUUCGUCUCCAGUCAGAACAUUUCUCACCGGGGGAGGGGGAGGAGGAGGAGGAGGAGCCUUGUCGACAUCAUCAUCACCUGUUUCGACCACCCGAAGGAGUAAGCAUACUCUGCCUGACCUCCCCUACGAUUAUGGCGCUCUCGAACCCACCAUUUCCGGCGACAUUAUGAAACUCCAUCAUGCCAAGCAUCACGCGACCUAUGUGACCAAUCUGAACGUGGCGGAAGAAAAAUUAGCCGAGGCGAAGGCGAAAGGCGACACUUCUGCCGUGAUCGCACCCGCACUCCGAUUCAAUGGAGGAGGUCACAUCAACCAUUCAAUCUUUCGGGCGAAUAUGAAACUCAAGGACUCACAUUUGACUAAUGUCACCCCUCGGUUGAAAAUAUAUGGCGAAACGCAGAACGAGUCAAGCGUAACAAGUCCGGCAUCACUCAGUCACCGUCGCAAUGGUCUUGACGAACUCACCAACGUUCCUCGUCGCCCCCUCAAAAAUUCCGAUCUCCCAAAGGAAGCCAAACAAAUACUCCCCUACACUUUACCAACGAAAACCAAAGAAGACAUUAUCAACGAACAUAAUGCUAUGUGUCAAGUACGACGAGGAUACAGAUGCCAAUUCUGGUGUGUGACAAAACCCAUCGUAUCAUUAAGGGUAUCAACCGUCAUGGAUCAAAGUUACAAAGUGUGUCCAACUUACAUACCAGUUGAUGGGAAACCUGGUGUCUACACCUACAAAUAUGCUACAGACCCACAAGUAGAGUUCAUAUUACUGUUCGAUAUUACGUUCCAGGAAAGACAUAAUAGUCCAAUUAAUAGUUCAUGUCAUGCUGUAGAAGCUUUGUCCCACUUUAUGUCAAAAUUAUGGCAAUACCAAAACAUACACGAUCCUGCCAAAUACCUUCCUCUGUAUACUGCAGCUAAUAAUUCUUCGACCAAUUAUCAUGCACGGUACUGGGAACACUUAGAUUUUGAAAUACUAAUGAAAAGGUACGUUAACUGCGACAGUUUUAACAUAAAUUUCGAUGCGAAUUUAAAUAGUCUAUUCGAUACAGUUAAUAUGCAUUUUAGUGCAAUGUACCCAGACCAUGAUUUAAAAUGCACUAGACAAUCUAUAACUGAAUUCUGUACCACAUUUGACGCAUUAAAUGUAACCCCCCAAAGACGUUCUACAACCGUAAAAGUCAAUAAACAUGAGUGUCUCAUUUGUGGAGUUGAAUACGAUAACCAUACAUUAGCGAGACAUGUAAGUUAUGCUCAUCCCGACUGCGAUAAUUCUUGUAAAAUCUGUAAUGUAGUUACUAACUCCGUACAAUCGAAACUGAGACACGAAAAAUUGCAUGAAUUAAAAAUUGAAUGUUCAAAAUGUCGUGUCCCAUUUUCAUCGUAUAGCUCUAGAAAAAAUCAUGAGAACAAAAAAAAUUGUAUGUCAUAUGAUUAAAAUUGUACAAUGUUUUUGAAAACUUAGUUGUUUUAAA